AUGAUCAAUCAACGACUGAAGAAGUGUUUAUAUGUUUAUAGGUUAUUCGAGGAAAACGCGGAGCUAUUAAAUAUGUUUACGCAAUUUCGUGAUUUGAAAACGAAAGAACAACAAUCCAACAGCAUGGAGCUAGCGCAGCACGCGGAGAAGGUUAUGUCCGCACUGGACGAGGGAAUAAAAGGGCUCGACGACAUGGACGUCUUCCUGACUUGUCUUUAUCAGGUCGGAGCCACGCACACAAAGAUUCCUGGUUUCAAUCCACAAUAUUUUUGGAAAAUUGAGAAGCCAUUUUUGGAAGCCGUGGAACGAACCCUGGAGGAUCGAUACUCGGAGAACGUGGAGAACAUUUAUAAGCUGACGAUCAAAUUCAUUAUUGAGACUCUAAUCGAUGGCUUCGAUAAAGCUCAAAAUGACAAAGCACAAAGCGACCCGUCUAAGUCCUAGUUGUCUUGGUUGUAAGAAGGAGCCAAACGGAGCUUUGGUUGGCCGAUUGAGAAAUAAUUUCGCCGAUCAGCUUUGUCGUUCGGUGCUCUCCGAAUGAUAAAGGAUCGAUUUCGAGGAACGAAAUGGAUCGUUUGAUCGUACAAUUGUUCAUUUAUUCCAGAAACAUCGCCGUCUUGCACGGCAAGAAACGGACAGACUCGGAAGACAACAAUUAUUGUGCGACGCUGUUGUAUGACGUCAAACAAUGUUCUUUUUUUACAGGAGUACAAGAGUUGCUCCGUGAAUGGUUAGGUUUUCAAAUCUUCUUCCUUCGAGCGGGUCUCGGUGAUGAAAGAUAAUUCGUGAAAAAUAAAAUAACGAUAAUUAUUCGGAACAGUGGAUUCCUCACAAAUUUCGAUGACCUUGGAAUACGUUCUCAAGGCCGUCAUUCAUGUAAACAUUGUUAAACCCUAGUUUCAGAGAUACGCGCAAAAAUAUUUUCAACGUGAAGAUUAUUUAUAAAAUGUCAACCUUCACCGAUUUGAAUGACCUUGAAAUAUGUCAUCGGUGCCAUCAUUCUAAACAAUUUUUCUCUAUAUAUAUCACCACCUUUAGGUCCUAGUUUGGGAGAUAUGAACAAAAAUAAUUUCGAGGUGGCGAUUAUUUACAAGAUGGCUGCCAUCAUCGAUUUCAAUGACCUUGAAAUAUUAAGGUCAACGUCUCAAACAAAUUUGUCAUCCUUGAUGAUAAACUUCGAGGUCAUCGAAGUCGAAGAGGAAUCCCCAAUUCCGAGGAAUUAUCAAGAUAGCUAUGAUUAUUGUAUCGCACGUUCGGUUGUUUCGUUACGAAACGAACCACUAACAUAACUCUUCUGACGGUCAAAGAGAAUAAAACAAUAUUGUUUCGAAUUGAUUAACCUGAAAACAA